CUGGGGACACAGGAUGGAAGAGCUAAUAGGAGUAUCUAACGGGACAUGCGGACGGGCUGAAUUCUUCUAAUAUUCCAAGUGCUGUCUUUGUCGGUGUGAGGCCUCGCUAUGCCGCUGGUGAAGAGGAACAUCGAGCCCCGUCACCUCUGCCGAGGGGAGCUCCCCGAGGGCAUCGGCAGCGAGCUGGAGUGUGUGAUGAACAACACGCUCUCUGCCAUCAUCCGUCAGCUCAGCAGCUUGAGUAAACAUGCGGAGGACAUUUUUGGCGAGCUGUUCAACGAGGCCAACACCUUCUAUCUGCGUGCCAACUCUCUCCAGGACCGCAUUGACCGGCUGGCCGUCAAGGUCACACAGCUGGACUCCACUGUAGAAGAAGUUUCCCUACAAGACAUCAACAUGAGGAAAGCCUUCAAGAGCUCCACCACUCAGGACCAGCAGGUGGUGUCCAAGAGCAGCGUGCCCAAUCCUGUCCGAGAGAUGUACAAUCUGAGUGACAAGCCUCCACCGCUCAGCAUCCUCUCAAUUUACCGGGAUGACCACAAGGAAGCACUAAAAUUCUACACUGAUCCCUCCUACUUCUUUGACUUGUGGAAGGAGAAGAUGCUGCAGGACACAGAGGAUAAGAGGAAAGAGAAGAGGAAGCAGAAGGAGCAGAGGCGUUGUGUGGAUGGGACAUUACAGAGGGAGGUGAAGAAGGUCAGAAAGGCGAGGAACCGUCGGCAGGAGUGGAACAUGAUGGCUCUGGAUAAAGAGCUGAGGCCAGACCAUCGACACACCAUACACCGAGACAGAGGGGCCUCCUCUGAGGGCUCAAUGUCACCAGAGAACAGGGGUCACGGUGCUGAUCAGCACCACUACCCCAAUUCCAUGAACCAUGCUGGCCAUGCCCACACCUACUCCGGCCCACCACCCAGCGUCCUGGCUGCUCAGAUGGCUGCCGGACACGGCCCUCGUGGAGGAGGCGAGCAUGAUAGUAGAGGCAGGACUAUGAUGGCAUAUCAGGGUGGGACUCUGGGCCGCUCUCACCACCACCAAGUCCCACUGCCUCCUCCACCCAGUGAGUCUAUGAACGGUGGCUCCAUGUCCCUUCCACCAAUGGACUACAGUUUGGAUGGCUAUGCCAACACUGGUCCCCCUCCCCCACCUCCAGCCCCUCUCAUCCCUUCUGCCCAAACUGCCUUCGCCUCACCUCCUGGAGGUCCGAUGCCUCCUGGGCCAAUGGCCGGCGCUGGUGGCUACGCUCCGCCUCCACCACCUGUAUCUGGAGCCCAUGCAGCCCCACCUCCCCCCGGUCCUCCACCUCCUCCCCUUCCAGCUGGUGCCUCCCACAUCACAACCCACAAGAUGCCCUCCUCUGCACCCGCUGAGGCCACAGUGGUCAACGAUGCCCGCAGUGAUCUGCUGGCUGCUAUACGUAUGGGCAUCCAGCUGAAGAAGGUGCAGGAGCAACAGGAGCAGCAGGCUAAGAGGGAGCCAGUCGGAAACGACGUGGCCACCAUCCUGUCGCGACGCAUCGCCGUGGAAUACUCCGACUCUGAGGACGACUCAGAGCUGGAGGAGAACGAUUGGUCGGAUUAACAUACUUUCAAAAAAAGAAAAUAUUAACCACUGAAGAUACACACACAGUAACACAUAACACAAACAAUCAGCUGAUCUCACACUCACUUGAAAGAAUGCCCACUGUACCGCACCCACAGGUUGUCACACACUGUUGCUGGAAACACACACACAUACACACCACACCUACACACAAUCACAUGCUGUAGGUUGAUAUAAGCUGAAUGGUCCAAAACUGGAAAUCUGGGGGUGUAUUCAAGAUGCAUAAACACUGUAAAGACACUAGUUAUAUACUGUAAUGCUGACCACUCUCCGAAACAUUAACAUUCAGUUUAAAAUAUAUAUUUCAAAGCAUUGUGAAUACACCCCAGUGGCUGUUUCUCUUCUCUAUAACACUAUAGACACCCCGUGAAGGUGCUUAUUUCAUGUAUAGUCGAAGCUUGAGAGUCUUAGAAGAAUUAGAAACUUUCCUCUUGAGCUAACCAACGUGCUUGUCAUUUUUUUAAUGUUUUUACUGAAACACUUGCCAUAGAUCAUGAGGUGAGUUUUUAACAUGACAAUUAAGUGAAGAAGUCAUGGACGAGCUCAGUGGAAGCGUCACUCGAUGAUGAUGUAUGCAGGCUGCUGAGGGAGCGAAUGGGGAAAGCAACUGAAAUGCUGCGGUAAAGAUUGAUGAGAGGGUGAUAUGUAAAAAGUCUUAUUGAUCAUAAAUAUGAGAAUUGAUUGAGCCAUCUGCGUCUGCAAUCGAUCACUGCUG